AUGGAGCCCGGGCGGAACUGCACCAUGGCGAACUUCACUUCUGUCAACUGCACGGCCGGAAAUGUCACCACGGCACCGCCGCUUCCAUCCCUACCCCUCAUCUUCGCCACAGCUUUUCCUGAAAGCGUCCCACAGGUGGUGUACCUACUGACGGUCCUGGUCCUGUGCCUCCUGGGGAACACGGCGGUGAUCGGGACCGUGUGGCUGGACGAACGGCUGCACGAGCCGCCCAACUUCCUCCUGUCUGGUCUCUGCGCGGCGGACAUCUUGUACGACCUGCUCAUCGUCCCUGUCAUGCUUAAUGUGUUGUUCACCCGACAUUACACGUUUGGACAGACGGCGUGUGAUAUCAUGGCCUUCUUCCACAUCCUGUGUACCUUCUUCUCCAUGAUGAUGACCGGCGCUAUCUCCUUCGAGCGGUACCACUUCAUCUGCCACCCCAUGCAGUAUCACAACAAGUUCACAGGUCGGCGGAUUUGGGGCCUGCUCUCGGUGUGUCUGUCAGGAGCCACCCUGACGGCCUGUUGUAUGCUGCCGUUCCUGCGCUCAGACCCGCCCUUCUUCUACCCCGCCCCCAUGUACUGCGUCAGCCACGCCAUACUGUCGGGGGUGGUGGGCUGGAUCUUCUUCAUGGCCGCUGGUUCUCUCGCUACAUACUCCCAGGUGAGGAUCUACCUGGAGGCACGCCGACACCUGCGCGCCAUCCAGGCCGGCAACAUCAGCGGCCACUCGGCGGAGGACUUUCGGAAGAAGAUCAAGAGCGCGGUGACCACCACGGCUGUCGUCGCCAUCUGGUGGCUGUCAGAGUUCCCCCUCAUCACUGUGGAGACCAUCCUGGGCGCGGCGCCGCACGUCACCUCGGUCGGCUGGCAGGUGACCCACCGCGUUAGCCGGUUCGCCUACUUCAUCUCCACCUGCAGCAACCCCAUCGUGUUCGCCUUCAGGAACAGGCAGUUCCGACACGCCUUCAAGAAGCUGCUGCGGCCACAGGCGGUCCACAGCUUCAACUGA